AUGCCAGAGGACAUUGUGAAGCGAAAGUGCAUGGAGCUUUUGCGAAAAUUCAUGGGAAAAUUGUAUGAUAUUCCGGAGCCGACAGGAAUAAUAAGAUCCUCCUGGUUCUCAAACCCCUUCACACGCGGUAGUUAUUCCUAUGAAAAUCGUCUGACGACACAAAACGCGAAUGAUCGAAGAUUGCUCGCGGAGCCAUUGCGCGAUACACUCGGAAUUCCUCGCCUUUUGUUCGCGGGAGAGGCCACAGAUUCCCAUCACUUCUCAACCGCGCACGGCGCAGUCGAUUCAGGGCACAGAGAAGCCAUGAGACUUAUAAACAAUAGUGAAUUGCAAUAA